AUGGAUUCAAUUACCAUUCAUGGGGCUUCUUCCUCUUCCUCUUCUUCUUCUUCCCCCUAUUCAUGGACAUACGAUGUCUUUCUCAGUUUUAGAGGCGAGGAUACACGCUACAAUUUUACAGACCAUUUGCAUAGCAGUUUGGAUCGGAAGGGGAUCAACACCUUCAUAGAUAACGACGAGCUUGAAAGAGGAACAGAUAUAUCUCCAGUGCUUCUCAAAGCAAUUCAAGGGUCAAUGAUUUCUCUCAUCAUAUUCUCUGAAAACUAUGCAUCCUCUACGUGGUGUUUGGAUGAACUCGCUCAUAUCAUUCAAUGUAGAGAAUUAAAGCAACAACUGGUUUUUCCAAUUUUUUACAAAGUGGAUCCCUCCCAUGUACGGCACCAGAGAGGUAGUUUUGGGGAGGCAAUUGCUAACCAUGAAUGCAACUUCAAGAAUGAUAUGAACAAGGUGCUGAGAUGGAAAGCAGCUCUUGUAGAAGUAGCAAAUUUGUCCGGGUGGCAUUUUUUACACGGGUAA